GAAACCAGAAUCACAUCAGGUCUGGUCGCAAAGAUGGCGUCCUCCACCUCCGCUCAGACUCCGGCCGGGAAGAGAGUGGUGAAUCAGGAAGAACUGAGACGGUUGAUGAAGGAGAAGCAGCGUCUGAGCACUAACCGCAAGAAGAUAGAAUCUCCGUUUGCUAAAUACAACCGUUUGGGGCAGCUGAGUUGUGCCCUUUGUAACACCCCGGUCAAGAGCGAGCUUCUGUGGCAGACUCAUGUCCUGGGAAAGCAGCACCGAGAGAAAGUAGCUGAACUGAAAGGCGCCAAAGGUGUCACCCCGGGUCCAUCUGCCAGCGCAGCGCUUCAGUCUGCCAAAAGGAAAGCACCAGAUACUGAUAAUCCAGAUGCCAAGAGAGGCAAGGUUCCUCAGGUACAGCCUUCCACAUCAUCCCCCAACUUCGAUAAAACGGGAAAAGAUUCAGCUAGAGCGACCCCCAAUAAGCUUUCUGGGCUUGGCUUACUCCCCGAUUAUGAAGACGAGGAAGAAGAAGAGGAGGAGGGAGAAGGAAAACUGGGGGGCGGCAGCAAGCAGCUGACGGACCCGCUGAGCAAAGAACACUCACUUUCCUCCUCGCGGGACGCAACAAGUAGUGUGCUGCCAAACGAUUCCUUCAAUACAAAUCCUCCCAAGGCUCCCCUGAUUCCUCACUCAGGGUCAAUUGAGAAAGCAGAAAUACAUGAAAAAGUGGUGGAAAGGAGAGAAAACACUGCAGAAGCAUUACCGGAAGGAUUUUUUGACGACCCUGAGGUAGACGCAAAGGUACGAAAGGUUGAUGCCCCGAAGGAUCAGAUGGACAAAGAGUGGGACGAAUUUCAAAAAGCCAUGAGGCAGGUCAGUACUAUUUCCGAAGCUAUAGUUGCUGAAGAGGAUGAGGAGGGCCGGUUGGACCGCCAGAUUGGGGAGAUUGAUGAGCAAAUAGAGUGUUACCGUCGGGUAGAAAAGCUGCGGAAUCGCCAGGAUGAAAUAAAAAAUAAGCUUAAAGAGGUGCUGACCAUAAAGGAACUGCAAAAAAAGGAAGAGGAGAAUGCUGACAGCGAUGAUGAGGGAGAACUACAAGACUUGUUAUCUCAGGAUUGGAGGGUGAAAGGAGCUUUAUUGUAAGAUUUUAAAGACCCAGACUUUCUAACAGCUUCUGUCGUGUAAUAAGUGCUGUCUCAGUUACUCCAGGCCUAAAGAUUUGGGUACCUAACUGUGUUCUUUGUGGUAAAAAUGAGCUAGUGAGCAAUGGCACUUUGAAAAUUGAUGUAAAAUAUUUUUGAAAAAAAGUUGUUUUUUCGAAAUUUUUGAAGUGUUAUAUAACGCCAACUUUUCACACAUUUACAUGCUUAACUGAGUUGUAAAAUCUGUUAAAUUGUAAAUAUUGUACAUAGUUAAAUAUAUAUUUACUUAAGUAA